UAUUCGGUAUAGGAAUCCCAUUCAUCAACCACUUCUGCCUUUAUCUCGAUCACAGCCCGUCCAAUCUCGUGAUGAUCGCUUGGCACAGGGUAAGCACAGGGUAGGCACCCAUAACCGACCUCCACUUAGAAGACCUCCGAUAUCGCGACCAGACAAAUAAUUAUAAUAGCUCAAGAAGCAAGAACAGCAUCACUGAAACCGCAAAAAGAAGAAACAAAAAGUUCAAACAUCAUCAUGUCUGACGAACAGACCAGGCCUGAUCGCUUCAAGGAUCGCAAGGUGCCGGUCCCAGUGCCGGCUUACCUCCCCUCAGCUGGCUCCCCCCUUGCCGUCGACAAAGACGUCUACAGUUCCAUCCAGCAAGCCCCGCGCGUGCUGGUCAAUGAAUUCACGCUGCCCAUUCGGUCAGGUCGUGCGUGGGAGGCGCCGGCAGGGUCGAUCGUGAGGAUCACCACCCCUGAAGGUCCCCAGGUUGGUGAUCUCAAUGUCUGGAACUUGCACAACCCUUCGGAGCGUUUCUGGGCUUCACGGACUCGCCAACUGCACGCCUCGCAUCUGUCCACUUAUGAUCGUCUGUGGUCCACACUGCCUUACCUGCGCCCUCUCGUCACCAUUCUCUCGGACUCCCUUUCCUCCUAUGGAAAGGACAUCAACGGCGGUCGCGUGCACGAUCUACUUGGCACGCGAUGCGACCCCUAUGUCAACUCGGUCCUGAGCUCCGGAGCCCAGUACGACUUCCACUGCCACAGUAACCUUGUCCGGGCUGUUAUGCCGUGGGGCCUGCAGGAGAGGGAUGUCCACGAUGUCUUGAACAUCUUCCAGGUGACCGGUCUGGACAAGGAGGGCCGAUACUUUAUGAGCCCCUGCCCCGCGGAAAAGGGCGACUCGCUCGAGUUCCUGGCCGAGACCGAUGUCCUUAUGGCUUUGAGCACUUGCCCCGGCGGUGACCUGUCGCUUUGGGGCUUUGGGGCCGACAGCGAGGCUGAGAUGAUCAAGGUGUGCCGGCCUCUGCAUGUCCAGGUGUAUCAGCUGGAGGACAAGGACUUCCUCGCCAACCAGGGCUGGAAGCCGUCCGAGCCAGCACCAUACAGGGGCAUGCACGGCAUGAAGGUCCCCGAGGGCGAGAACAACCCCAGGACCGCAUCUCGAUAGUCACAGAAUCACAUGCGGAAAGACACACAUUGUGGAAUAGGCAUGUAGCCCCAUUUGUACAAUUGA